AUGGUGCUCCUAACAGCCCAGGGAGUCAAGGAAGUCUUCCAGUGUCAGAAGCCAGAGGGCCGGGAGCACCUGCGGCGGCUCCUGACCUGGGAAGAGAUUGACGAACUGAGAGAUUCUCGCAGAAGCAUCCUGCUGGACACCCUCUAUGAAAGCAUCAUCUUUGCAGCAGGCAGAGGCUUCCCGUGGGUGGAGGUGGUCCAGGUGGUCAAGUUCACAGAGGAACUGCUCAAGGAAGCCAAAGGCUGCUCCAUCACCGAGGCGGUGGCAAUCCUGGGGGACAAACUAAGAGACUACCAGAGGCAGUUCAACACCACUCACCUGCUGGCCCUCUGUGACUACUUCCACAACACCUUCAUCCGCCAUUAUAGACUCUUCCAGUACGUCCUGGGCCAGGACCAGGAAGUCAACCUGACUGUCACCCACCUGGAGGUGUGUGUGCCGCUCCCGCCCCUCCCCCUGGCUGCAGGUGUGGACAGGGAGGUCUGGAAGCACGAGCAGCAGGUGGCCGAGCUGCAGGUGGCAGAGGUGCAGAAGCGCACCCACAUGCUGCUCCUGAAGGAGGCCAUGACACUAGAGCGGGGACACCUGCUGCAGAAGGCCUUCGAGGACAUGCCUGUCCAGCCUGGCCAGCUCCUUAGGAGAGAGGAGCUGGAGAACCUCAUCGGUAAGGCCCUCCACAUCCAGAUGGAGUACCUGCAGGAGCUGCUGCAGUGUGAGAUUCAGACUGCCUUUGAUAUUUUGGACCUGAAGCUGCAGAAGAAAUCCUUGCAACUCAAUGCUCCCACCCCAUUCCCUCCCCCAAUCACCAGCAAACCUGGCCAAGAUGAAUCCCUGAAGCCCAACAAAGCCAACAAAGGGAAGAAAGCAAAAGGGAAGAAGUAGAAGG